CCAUCGUUUCCCUGAACUUGGCCAUCACUCCUUUCUAAAAGUCUCCAAACUGGUCUUACUGGAACAGAAGAUGGUUUGCCUGCAGACAAAGAAUUAGUAAAGAAAGGCAGCAGAGAUGGGAGGGGUCAUUUGCCUGGAAAAUGGGUGUGUCGGUGUGUUUUUAAACAGCUGGGUGUGCCAGCCCUGGUCACAUCGGGACUCGCCUGCUCAAGCUCCACAAGUCUCCUGUGCAAACUCGCCAACAUGUCUGGGUCUGGAAUCAAAACGGCCAUUGCAAUCCUCCAAAAGACUUUCGACAAGUAUGCUGGAGCCGAGGGAGACCCACACACUCUGAGCAAGAAAGAAGUUGCUACAAUGCUUAAAGCUGAGCUCCCUGAAAUAGAUGCACUGCUCAAUCAGCCUGACCCCAAAGACCCGAAGCAGAAGCAAAAACAAGAUAAAGCAAAUGAAUUUUUCCAAAUGCUGGAUGAAGACGGCGACGGCACCGUCAGCUUCCACGAGUACAUCAUCUUCUGUGCAACCCUGGCCAUGCUAUGCUAGGCGUUGGCUGAGCUACAGUUUAUAAUUUCUUUUCUCAUCACAUUUUAAUGAUUGACCAUGGCUACAAUCCACAUUGUGUAAGAAACUUUCCUAAAAGACACGAAUCGUUGAUCGGUCAAAAGCUUGAGCAACUUGAAGUGAAUGAAGUUUCUGAUGUCAAUAAAAUAUAUGCCUAAAAA